CAGAAAUUGCAAGCUAUUCUCAACAUGAACCCUGGGAGGAGGGGUAGACCUGUGGGCCCUAUACCAGGACAGGCUCCAAAGCAACAUGGAGAAACCCUGCCUUGAAAAUAAAAAAAUAAAAAAUAAAAAAAAAAAACAGGCUCAAAACAAUUUCUCAACCAAUCAACCCAAACAUAGCAAAGGCUUUGCUGAAACAUGUCACUCGAAGCCAGGCACACGGCUUUACGAUACAUAUCACUACAUGUGUGCUUUACUAUAUACAUCACUACAUGUGUGCAUACAGAAUCAGAAGCUCCCAGGAUGCAAACUCACUGAUCGCAUAGGGAGUAUAAUGGUUAAAACUGUGUUUGUGUUUCCAGGCAUUUUCAGAUGAAUUUGACAAAAGGAGUCAUGGAAAUCCAAGUGACACCCAAGGUUUUUAUGGGAGUCUCUCCAGCCCUACCUUAGGAGUGCAUGAAAUGAAUAUUGGCCCGAUCCUCUUCCAAGUGGCCACGGGGGACAUCACCAAAGAAGCGGCAGAUGUGAUUGUCAAUUCAACAUCAAACACAUUUGAUCUCAAAUCAGGAGUCUCCAAAGCAAUUUUGGAAGGUGCAGGACCAAGUGUGGAGAACGAAUGUUCUGUCUUGGCUCAGCAGAACAGUGAGUACAUAGUUACUGAAGGUGGAUCACUGAGAUGCAAGAGUAUUAUUCACGUUGUUGGUGGGAAUGACGUGAAGAGAUCAGUUUCCUGUGUUUUGGAAGAAUGUGAACAACGGAACUACUCAUCCAUUUGCCUACCAGCCAUUGGCACAGGAAGUGCUCAACAGGACCCAGAUGCAGUUGCUAAAGCCAUAAUGGAUUCCAUUGAAGAAUUUAUCCAGAAAACAUCAGUGCGGGCUGUGAAGAAAGUCAAAGUUGUUAUCUUCCAGCCUCAUAUCCUGAGUGUUUUUUAUGACAACAUGAAAGACAGAGAAGGCUCCCCAGCUCCUCCCCAGCCGUCUCUACUGUCUAAGAUCACCUCCUUUUUUGGCUUUUCAAAGCACACUCCGCACAAACAGGAGACCCUGUUUUUGGAGAAGAAAAUAGAGCAGACAGUUUUCCAGGUAUGUGGCAUAGAUGAAGACAGUGUGGAACGCACGAUCUCCUGGAUACAGAAUCUGAUCAACAAAGAGCAGCUACCCUAUAGCAGUGUUGAUGAGUGUGUCAGAGACUUUGGUGAGAAGGAGUACAAGAAGCUGAAUGAGCUGCAGGAGAGGCUGAAUAUCGUCAUUGAGCUGGACAAGAAGACACCUUUGAUUAAAGUUGCAGGAAUCAGCAGAGAUGUGAUGGGAGCUAGAGAUGAGAUUGAAAACCUGAUCAAGAGCAUCCGGUUGGCUAAAGAGAAGGAAAGCCAGGCAGACUAUGUCCUCUCAUUCGUGGAAUGGCGAUAUAUUGUCAACAACGUCACACACUGUUUCGACAAAAUGACUAACAUGCAGUUGGAGAACGCACGGCAGGCAAAGCACAGGAGCACUGUUGUCAAAAUUAAUAAUCAGGACUUCACAGUGAACUUGAGGACGAACAUGGCCACAGGCCCUCAAGGACAGAGUGUCACAGUUCAGCGCAUCUUAAAAGAUGAAGGUAAGUUACAUGGAUGUGAGUGUCAGCCAUUGCCCCAACUCUGAGUUUUACAUUAUGUAAAAACACAGUGGGGUUUUGUUGUUGUUGUUUUCUUUUUGUUUUUCAAAAUAGAUUUUCUCUGCAUUAGAGCCCUAGCUGUCCUGGAACUAGCUCUUGUAAAGCAGGCUGGCCAGGGACGCACAGAGAUCUG